UUUGGUGCGAGAAAUCUGCAGAGGCAUUGCUUCAAGCCACUCUCUUCUCUCCUUCAACUUCAAUCCAAUCUCUUCAAAAAUGUUGUACCUUUAGGACAUACAUGGGAGCAGAGCAACAUUGUUAAAGACUCAGCAUACGAUAAAGUUAGUUUUUCUUGUCAUGUUAAGCCGUUGAAUGUUUUGAAUGGAUUAUCCUUAUCUCGGGCAAUGUCAACAUCGAAAGGAAGGAGUAUGAGGAGCAAGGUGGAAAGGAGAAUGCAGAAAGAGUCUGGUAAAACAUUGAGGGAAAUUCGAAGAGCUAAGAAAUUGAAGAAGAAACUUAUGACCGAGGAGGAGAGGCUCAUUUACAAUCUCAGAAGAGCCAAGAAGAAAGUGGCAUUGCUACUACAAAAACUCAAGAAAUAUGAGCUACCAGACCUGCCUCCUCCUCGUCAUGAUCCAGAGCUCUUAACACCUGAACAGCUUCAGGCAUUUAAAAAAAUUGGCUUCAGGAAUAAGAACUAUGUUCCAGUUGGUGUUCGUGGAGUCUUCGGAGGAGUUGUGCAAAAUAUGCAUCUCCAUUGGAAGUUUCAUGAGACUGUGCAAGUUUGUUGUGACAACUUCCCCAAGGAAAAAAUAAAAGAAAUGGCUACAAUGCUUGCAAGAUUGAGUGGCGGGAUUGUGAUAAAUGUUCAUAAUGUGAAAACAAUCAUUAUGUUCCGUGGUAGAAACUAUCGCCAACCCAAAAAUUUGAUACCUAUUAACACCCUUACAAAGAGGAAGGCUCUAUUCAAGGCCAGAUUUGAGCAAGCUCUUGAAUCUCAGAAAUUGAACAUAAAGAAAAUAGAACAGCAGCUCCGGCGAAUGGGAGUAAAUCCUGAGGAUCCAACUGCCAUGGCCAGCAUCCAGAGAGUUGCUUCCACAUUCUUCAAUGCUAUUGACAAGAAAGAGGGAACCCCUUAUGUCUUCCAUGAAGGCAAGCAGUCAAUAACAGAACCUACUGAAGGUUUGGAAGAGUCAGAGCCUUCUAUCGAUAGUGAUCAGGAAGAGUUAGAUCAAUUCAUUGCCGAGAUAGAGGAUGCAGCCGAUAAAGAAUAUGAAGCUGAAGAGGCAAAAGAAAAAGAAGAGCUUGGCAGAAUUAGAUAUUGGAACAGAGAAGAAUAUGGUGGAAGAUUCAGAAGAUCAGAUGAUCCUAGAAAUGAUGACUAUGAUGGUGAGGUUAGAGGCUCAAGGGUUCGGCAAACUACACGUCCUAAGCGUCAGGCUAACGAUAGUGAUGAUGAAGAGAAUGGUCAUUCUGAAGACGAUGAUGAGUGGCAUUCCAGUAAUAUCGCAGAUGAUAGUGAUCUUGAUAGCAAUUCUGAUGGCUCUAUUGAAGCUAGAGACUCCUUGAAGGAAAGUAGGGGGAAAAGGGAGAGGCAGAAUAAUGUUGGAACGGGUAGGGCCCGAGUUAAUGAAAGUUCAAAUAGACAUGCUGAAGCUAAAUUUAGAAGGAAUAUGGCCAUAGAAGAUUCUGAAUCAGAAGGUAUGUUGAGUGAUGUUGAAAAUGCAAUGUGGGAGUCUGAUGAGGAAGAAAAUGGCUCAGGACAUUCGAGAAAGUUCAGUGAUAAUAACUAUAAGAGCAGCAGCAGUGAUGAUGAGUAUGCGUAUCAAAUAAAGAGAGACAAAAAGAAUGUUGUGAGGGAUCAUGAGGGUAAGGUUGAUGAUUCUGCUCAAUAUCAUAAUAGCUUUGAUGCAACAAAGAGUGUGAGAGGGAGGCAAGAAGGAAUUAGCAGUAUUGAUUCUGAAUCCAUAGAUAUAUUUAGCAAUUCAGAAAACUUGAUGUGGCUUUCAGAUGCUGAGGAGGACUCAAGAGUAUCAAGAGCUGAUGGAUACAGUAGGAGGGACACUGGGGAUGAUUUGGACACCACCACAAAUUCACAUAAUAAUGUGGUCAAAAGUGAUAUCCAUAAGAGGAGAACACCAAAAGAGGCUGAUGAGGCUUGGGACAGUGACUAGCCCAGUUAAUGCAAGACCAUAAUCCAUUGUGGUAUUUUAGACUUUGUUGUCUUACAAGCAUUCUUGAACAAAUAAUUGGACCAAACAAAAUCAUGAAGGUAUAAAGCCCAAUAUGGCCCGAUUAUUCAGUCAUGUAGAUUCCUCUCACUAUUAUCUUAUCCUCAAGAUUAAUGUUAGUGUGUUUGGUAUUAAUUGCGUCGCAAUAGCGCCGUGAGCCGCGCCGUAUGGGCGUUGCGGUGCCUCGCCGCAAGA